UGGAAGGCGUGAAGGGGCGGUGGUGGUGCCGCUUCCUGUGCGAUGUUACAACACGUUUCAUCCGCCGAUACCCUUGCCUGUGUUUGAAGCUCCCGCCGCCCCGCACGUGAGCCCCUGCGCACGCACGUCUCUCACGGUGCCGUGCAUCUAUUUUGAAAUACAACGUGCUUCCCUAACGGCUCCUGUGGUAGUAAGGUUCUCGUGUUUAUGGUCAUUCGUAAGUGCUUUAGGGUAUAUGCAGUCUGUGAAGGGAUGGAAGGUGUGUGUGAGUGUUAUACGGCGGUGUGAGGUAAGAGUGUGGUGGUGUGUGGCAGCUUAGCCACCUCGCCGCUGCUGGUGGUGGUAUUGGUGGUGGAAGAGCCCGUCACUGACUCAGUGUUGGCUGUCUAGUGACACGCUAACAACCGUCUCUACACGCUCGGGAAAUGUUCCUCUCGCACUACUUUACUGUGACAAUAAGUGCCGGGAUAUAUCGUGUAUUAACAGUUCACAAAUUCAUCUGAACGUGCACACACUCGUGGGGCAGCUGCGUUGCCCGUGAGCCUCGUAAUAAUACCGAAAAGUUAAGUGGAGUGACCCAUAGAGAGUAUCGGGCAGCGAGCGGUGUUGCCAAGUGUGAGGACGCUGGAUUGCCACGUCGGCAUGGAGUCUCGAUCCGGCGAGCCCCUGCAGACCCUGAGCUGCCAGCAUAAUUCCCGUCUCCGCUCGCCCACCGCCAACUCUCUGCUGAAGAAGAAGAAAAAGAGACGUAGGAGACGCCGUCGCACCCCAAAGAGCGACACCGUAGGACGCAGUGAAGCCAAUGUCGCUGUUGGGUCGCCCACCUCCUCCCGCGAGGCCUGGACGCCGCGGCAGGGAUCCCCCGCCCCCGUCCUGCGGCCCGUGGGUGCCCAGGUGCCCCGCGCCCCAGAGAACAGCACUCAGUUCAUAAUGGACGACCAUGAAAAUUCCACGCUCUUCGUCAACUUUGACAACUUCAGCACCCCGCACUGGGAACAGGAGCCCCCAGUCAGCGGUGCCGAGGAUGAGACGGGUGGCGGCACGCCCACGCACGCCCUCACCCGUGACUGGUUCCCCUUCAACGCCGCAGACUUCGAGACGGCGUAUCGCAGUGCUCGUGAGGACCGCCUGAUGGCGGGCAGCUCAUCUGAGCUGCGGGCAGCUAUCGUGGCCCUGGAGGCUCGCGCCGCAGUGCUCACCGACGCGCUCUCCUCCUCGCCCUCACGCAUCGUAUCCAGGCUGCAGACUCAGCUGCUGCACCUGCAAGAGGAGAACACCAUCCUCAGGCAGCACCUGUCUCGCCGCAAUCAAAAGCGACGGCCCAGCCUACAGUCGUCGUCGUCCUCCUCCACAGACAGUGACUCUGAGUCUGACUCCACCAACUCCUCCAGCGACUGUUCUGAGUCUGACUGUGACACCUGUGCCGCUCGCCGAAGACGGGCAGUGCUGCAGCAGGACGAGGAGAAGGAAAACACCUGCCCCCACCCCAUGCAGGCCUAGGACACCCUCUCCCUCCCUGCCAUCUCACCGCUCGGACGGCCUGAGGUGCCGCCGGGCCUCUGUAGGGUGUAGGGAGGCCCCGUCGGAGCCCAUUCCAGUGAACCUGCACCGCCCCGGGACCUCCGUCAGCCGCAGCCUCGCCCUCAGAGCCUCCCAGACCACCCUUCCCAUCUCCCCCGUGACCCUGCACUGUGCACCCUUCCCCCUCCCCACCCGACCCUAGUGACGACCCUCCCCGGGGGCGUGAUCCUCUUCCCGCCGCACCGCGCAUCCCCAGCUUGAGGGGGAAAAACAACCCCAUCCUUGGCAAACAUGUCAAGCUGUCGUGAGGCCUGGAAGGGAAGGGCCGCCGCUACCUGCUACAUGCGCUCUGGUAGGGGCUGUGGGCUGGACCAGGCAACAACAGACAAACGCACAAAGUGACAGACCCAGGACCAACACACGAACGCACAGACAUUCCGUAGACUGAGUAACGGACGCACUGGUGCACACACAAACAAAGACGUAACGGACAGACAGAUACGUACACACACAAGACACAGACGCAAGGACCCACGGACAAACGGACAAUAAGUCAAGGACGAGGUAACGGACGGACGGACGGAUGCACAGACUAGUCCCUUCCCCCCCAACCACACGCUCCCUGUGACGGGGGAACGGACAUGCAAAGUAACCAUUUCCCUCUAUGUUUUAAUUGUCACAUGUACCGAAUCCAAGUCAAGAAGCCUUAGUCAGAACCUUUCACCACGGCCAGAGAGAGAGAGAGAGAGAUUUAAAGUUUAAGUAUGUGUGUGUGUGUGUCACAUGUGCGUGCUUUUCUUUCUGUGUGUGUGUGUGUGUGUGUGUGUGUGUGUGUGUGUGUUUUUAAAUGCUACAUAUGCUAAUGGGUGUGAAGUUUGUACAUCGUGUGUGUGUGUGUGUGUGUGUGUGUGUGUGUGUGUGUGUGUGUGUGUGUGUGUGUGUGUGUGUGUGUGUGUGUGUGUGUGUCAGGUUUUUAAAUGCUACAUAUACUAAUGGGUGUGAAGUUUGUACAUCAAGUGUGUGUGUGUGUGUGUGUGUGUGUGUGUGUGUGUGUGUGUGUGUGUGUGUGUGUGUGUGCAAUUAUCAUUAUUUUUUACGUCAGCAUAUUUUUCCCUUCACAUCUGUUACUACUACUAUCAUAGUAUCAUAACUUCCACUGUGUUAUCGUGUAAUUAUGCAACACUUACAGUUUCUACUACUACUACUACUACUGUUGCUGCUGCUGCUACUACUACUGCCAUUACUACUGCCAAACUAUGCAUUAAACAUUUAUUAUUGUAGAUCAGUAUUCAAGAGCAUUUUCUUUGUAAUUUAUGUUUCUCCUUGAAUAUACAGCUUCACAUUGUAUCCUGUGUGUGUGUGUGUGUGUGUGUGUGUGUGUGUGUGUGUGUGUGUGUGUGUGUGUGUGUGUGUGUGUGUGUGUGAGA